AUUUUUUACUAACAUGUGUGUUAAACGGUUCAGUAUUUUAAUUUUAAGUAUAUUUUCAGUUGUAAAGAAUGGAGCUGUCGAAAGUCGGAAACACAAUAUUCUUCAACUUCUAUCAAAUGGUGAACCACGAUAUGUCGCUGUGUACUACGAUAAAGGCAAAGAUAUAGAGGGAAAUGAUAAUCUUCUAUCUCAAGUUGAUUUAACCCAAGACAUAUCUCCAGACAUCGAUUCUUUAGGUGCACCUUAUGAGGAGAAAGCUUAUUUGUUGUAUCAUGCUUUGAGGACUGCCGAAGAACGCGAAGAAUUAGACGAAGAAGCGGCCAGAGAGUUCGAAGAAACCAAACAGAUCUUGCGCCAAGCAUUACGCACGAGAUGUAAGAAACUGAGUUCUUGCUACAGGCGAUGUCCUAAGAAACUGUACAUAACAUGCACUACGGAAUGCAGAGAAACUUACGACGACUACGACGUAUGCCAGCCAAAGAAGAAGAAUAUGUGUAAAACACCAAAGUGUGGCCAUACUAUGCCACCAUCUUGGCUCAGACGUAUUUGA